AGCAUUACAAGGGUGAGAGAGUUACUGAACAAGUGAGAGCUGAAAGUGGCAGAGACGAUAGAUUGCCGUGAAAUACACAUAACCUGAAUCUUGCGACUGUGUUCCCCAGAAAGACAUUAGAAUGGGCGACCAGACGACCACAAAGCUCGGCCAGUACCUAGUAUACUACCUCUUGACGACGCAAGUUCUUUGGACAGUGGGACUUCACCACCUUGUUCAAGCUGAAUCUACAACCGAUGAUACUGUGGAAGUGGACAGGGUACGGCGUGGUGUGAUGUGUGUGACUGGGUGUAGCUGUAACAGUGCCACAGCUACAGUCACCUGUAUAUGGUCAUCUUUGGACGCAAUGUCUAGCGUUCCCGUCGACACCCGCGCUCUGAGUUUCCGUGGCGGGAAACUGACGAAGGUUCCCAGGGGGCUGUUCGCCAACUUCGCGAGUCUGAGAACACUUCACCUGGACCAGAACAGGAUCAAAACGAUCGCCGAUGGGUCGUUUACUGGACUAUCCAACCUGAGGAGGCUGACACUGAGCAGGAACGCCCUCUGGGUGAUCCCACGAAACUCCUUCCGGGGGUUACAGCGCGUGUCUCGGCUGGACCUGAGCAAGAACAGGAUCUCCGUCCUGUCGUCUUACGUCUUCACGGGGCUGGCGUCACUCCAGACCCUGGACCUCCGCGACAACCCCGUUAGCUUCAUCACCGAGAACGCGUUCGCUGGUGUCACCGCCAUCACGCGGAUGUAUCUCAGGGGUUGCCGCGUCACCAACAUCGCCCACAUCACCAAACCACUCCGCACUCUCCUCUCCCUCCAAACUCUCCAAAUGCAGAAGUUUCCACUCUCUUAUCUUCCCUCCAAGGCGAUUCCGUAUCUUCCAAACCUGACUUCGGUAGAUCUUAGCUUCUGGAAGGGACUACGACGCGUUCACCCGUACGCGUUCAGCGGGUUGAAUCUUAAGACUUUGUCUCUGAAUGGUGGGUCUCUCACCGGCGUGCCUUCGCAAGCAAUCCUAAAAAUUCCUUCUUUGGUCAAUCUCAGUCUCUCUGGAAAUCCGAUCCGCUACAUCCAGCCCUACGAUUUCAACGGACUAAACAAGCUCCAGAAUCUUUAUCUUAAGAGUCUCAACAUCUUGGAUGUCCGAGAGAUGGGUUUCAUAGGAGUAGACAGCUUAAGGGUCUUAGAUUUAAGCGGUAAUCCUCAGCUACAGCCUUUAAGACGGAAGGUUUUUGGAAGUCUCAAGACAGUCGUUUCUUUAAAUAUCACUGGUACUACGUGGAAGUGUGAUUGUAACUUGAAGUGGUUUGCAUUGACACCGAACGUAAGUAUCAAGGCUAUAACAUGUAACAGUCCCCCUCUGUGGAGGAAUAAGAACUUGUUUACAUAUCUGAAGACUCGGGCGUACGAUAACCUUAUGACGUGUAGUGUACCGACCGUGGCCGUCAAGCCUUCGGCGCUAAACGCUUCUGUCGGCCGGGACGCCAAACUGUCUUGCUUCGUGUCAAGCGGCGCUGCGUCAACCGUCAACUGGAUUGCUCCCAACAAGAGGGUUAUUCUAUCCGGCUUACCUUGGGGACGUAUUAGCAUGAACCAAACCCUACGCUCCGUCGGGACGCUGACUAUCAAAAACGUUACCACCGCCGAUGCUGGGAAGUAUGUCUGUUUGGCAUACAAUGGCGGAGGGAAUAGAACAGCAACGGUAGAUCUAACAGUGGUCCCGGCUGUACCUACACCCCCACCAUAUCUCCUGAGAAUGAAACACGCAUACACCAGGGAGAAUUACAUUCUGUCUUGUCUCACAGGCUCUUUGCUGUUUAUGGGAGCUGUGUUCGGUUGUUAUUCUAUUAUAUUUCCCUGUAGUAGAAUGUGCCAGGCGGAAACGAUAGCGAUUAAGAUAGACAUGCCAGAGACGACACUGUCUCCUGAACAGACCGGUGGAAGGAAAGGUAAUGUCAGUGCAAACCUCAACAUACAAAGAAGUACGUUAUAGAAUGGAUCGUUUGUUA